GGCAGACUGUCCCAGGGCAAGAGGAAGAAAUGCCACUGCAGCUGCUGCUGCUGCUGCCCCUGCUAUGGGAAGUGCCCACGGCUCAGGAUCAGAGCUACCAUCUGGAACUACUGGAGUCUGUGACAGUGCAGGAGGGCCUGUGUGUCCUCGUGCCCUGCAAAUUUUCCUAUCCCAAGACUACCUUAGGAAGCCUUCACAUGUUUUGGUUCAGGAAAGGGGAGGAUAGAAACCAUGAUCUUCUAGUGGCCACAAACAAACCAAAACAGAAGCUGCAGGAGAACACCCAGGGCCGGUUCUUCCUCCUCGGAGACCCCCAGGCCCACAACUGCUCCCUGAGCAUCAGAGACGUCAACAUGGGGGACAGUGGGACGUACUUCUUUCGAAUGGAGAGAUACUUCAGGAAACACUCGUAUCUAGAUAAGACGCUAUCUCUACAUGUGACAGCCCUGACCCACAGGCCCAACAUUCUUAUCUCUGGGUCCCUGGAGUCCAGCCACCCCAGGAACCUGACCUGUUCUGUGCCCUGGGCCUGUGAGCAGGGCACACCUCCCAUCUUCUCCUGGACAUCAGCUGCCAUCACCUCUCUGGGCCCCAGGACCUGCCUCUCCUCAGUGCUCACCCUCACCCCAGAGCCCCAGGACCAUGGCACCAACCUCACCUGUCAGGUGAAUUUCCCUGCAGCUGGUGUGACUGUGGAAAGGACCAUCCAGCUCAACGUCACCUAUGCUCCACAGAACAUGGCCAUCAGCAUCUUCCAAGGAAACAGCACAGCCCUCAAGGUCCUGCAAAAUGCCUCGACCCUUCCUGUCCUGGAGGGCCAGGCUGUGCGGCUGCUCUGUGUGGCUGACAGCAACCCCCCUGCAGAGCUGAGCUGGUUCCAGGGGUCCCCAGCCCUGAACGCCACCAGCAUCUCCACCACCGCCAUCCUGGAUCUUCCUCGCCUAGGGACUACAGGAGGAGACUUCACCUGCCUUGCUUGGCACCUGCUGGGCUCCCAAAAUGUCUCUGUGAGCCUCUCCGUGGUCUUUCUCUUCCCUCCCCUCAGACCCCCACAGCUGUUAGGACCCUCCUGCUCUUUGGAGGAUCAAGGUCUGCACUGUGGCUGCUCAUCCCGAGCCCAGUCGGCCCCCUCCCUGCACUGGAGGUUGGGGGAGGGUCUGCUGGAGGGGAACAGCAGCAACGCCUCCCUCACGGUCACCUCCAGCUCCACUGGGCCCUGGGCCAACAGCUCCUUGAGCCUCAGUGAGGGGAUCAGCUCUGUCUUGAGGCUCAGCUGCAAGGCUGUGAAUGUCCAUGGGACUCAGAGUGCCACUGUCCUGCUGCUUCCAGGUAAGCCAGAACCCAGGGCUGGCAGGGUCCUGGGAGCGGUCGAGGGAGCUGGCAUCAUGGGCCUGCUUUCUCUAUGCCUUUGUCUCAUUUUCAGAGUGAAGACUUGCAGGAAGAAGGCAGCCCAGCCAGUGCAGAGCAUGGACGACGUGAACCCAGACGAGAGCUCAGGCUCCAGGGCGCAUCAGCACCAGGUCUGGACAGACUCCCCUUCAGACCACCCAGCCCCUGCUGGGGCGAGCCCCAUCGCAAGAGAGGAACAGGAGCUCCACUAUGCUUCCAUCAGAUUUCACAAGCCUCAGGAACAAAAAGACACCAACACCGAGUACACAGAGAUCAAGACACACAAGUGUGGAAUUAUUUUCUCACAGUUCUAGAGGCUGAAAGUAUGAGAUCAACAAAUCAGCAAGGCUGCUUCCUUUUGAGGCCUCUCUCCUGGGCUUGCAGACAGCUGUCUCCUCCCUGUGUCCUCACAUGGUCUUCCCUCUUCUUGUAAAGAUUUCCUCUUCUUAUAGCAAUACCAGAUGUAUUGGAUUUGGGCCCAUCCUAAUGACCUCAGUUUAACUGAAUUACUUCUUUAAAGACCCUGUCUCCAAUACAGUCACAUUCUGAGGUCCUGGGGGUUAGGAGUUCAACUUAUUCAUUUUGUGAUUUUUCCACUCAUAACACUCAGCCUCCAAUUAUUUAAAAAUUGAUGGCCUUGUUGGCAAUGGUGUGAAUCCCCAAGUAUAUGUGAAAGACCACAGGACUUGAGUCCAAAAGAACUGAGUUUCAAAUCCAUCCAUGCCACUUUUUGAGUGAGUCCAUUUUUGCUCUCUGUGGCUCACUUCACUGUUCUGCAAAGCAGGAGAAUCACCCUUCUAAUCAGAUUAUUGUGAAAGAGCCAUGAAAACAUACAUGUAAAACAGUUAACCAAAUCCUGAUGUGAAACUUUUUGUGAACUCUGAGCCCAGGCUUGUGUCAGGACUUUUAUUGGCUGCUUUAAUAGAAAGUUUCUGCUAACAAUUUCUCCUAAGGUUUGGAGGGGCCAGUCUCAGAGGCCAUGGAGAUUUCUCCCCUAGGAUUGGAAAGGAGGCAAAGAUGGCUGCUCUUACCACUUCCAUCAAACAAUGUAUUGUAGACCCUUCCCAGUGCAAUGAACGCAAGAAAGAAAUAAGAGCUCUCCAGGUCAUAAAGUAAGAAGUAAAAGAGUCUAUAUUCAAAGACAAGAUGCUGGUGGGCAUAGAAAAUCUAGUUAUACACAAAGAAGCUGCUAAAACCAAUAAAAGAGUUUAGAAAGGUGUUACAAUACUAGUUCAAAUGACACAAUUCCUUUGUAAUGUUAUGCAAUGGCCAAGGACAAUUAGAAAUGGAAUUUUUUUUAAAGAUGCAAUUUACAGUAACGUGAAACUAUGAAAUAAGUUGAAGGAAAUAUAUACAAGUUGUGUACAUUGAAAAAAUGCAAAAUUUACUUCAGGAAAUAAAAGAAGACCUAAGUACAUGGAGAUAUAUACCAUGUUCAUGGAUUGGAAGACUCAAUAUUGAUAGGAUGUCAGUUUUCCCAAUUGAUCGAUAACUUCAAUGCAAUUUCAAAUUAUCAGUGAGAGCUUUUGCAGAAAAUGGUGAGCUGAUUCAAAACCAUACAUAGAAAAGCAAACAACCAGAAUGUCCU